GAAAAAAGGAUUGGUCGUGUCAGUGAGCGAUAAUUAAUUUUAAUUUAUCAAUUAGUUGUGAUUUGUGUUGUAUACGUCAUUUGGUAAUCGCAUCUCAUUAAAUCAGUAGGAUGGAUGCUUCAUAUCAAGGCGGCGUGACGUACGAAGACAGGGGCGAGAGCUUCCAGCAGUUGUCUUCGACGAUAGCCAGUAAUAUAAAGAAAAUAUCACAAAAUGUAUCCUCAAUGUCCAAGAUGGUCAACCAGCUGCAGACUCCCCAAGACUCCCAGGAGCUCCGCAAUCAACUGCGCCAGAUCCAGAACUACACCCAGAAGAUGGCCAAAGACACGUCCUCGAUGAUCAUGGAGCUGAUGAAGAUGCCAGUGGAGCAGCCGGCGGGCAAGCUGACGAGGGAGAGGCUCAGCGACGAGUACAUGGCCACACUCAACGCGUUCCAGGCGACACAAAAAUCUGCUGCGGCGAAGACGAAAGAGGAUGUGCGAAAAGUGAAGGCCCAGAGUGCCACGAUCAACAUCGGGGAUCCAUUUGGCAUGUCUGGGCGCAGCAACGACUUGGUAGAAAUGGACGACAAAAACUCGCGCCGGCAGGAGCAGAUGACGAUGCAGACCGAACAGGACCUGAGACAGCUAGAAGAGCGCGAGCGAGACAUCAGGCAGCUUGAGAGCGACAUUUUAGAUGUGAACCAAAUAUUCAAAGAGCUGGGCACCAUGAUCCACGACCAGGGCCAAGUGGUUGAUUCCAUCGAGUCGAGCGUCGAGUUCACGGCGCAUAACGUCGAAGCCGCCACGGCCGAGCUCCGACAGGCCUCCAAUUAUAAGAAUAAGCUGCGAAAGAAGAAAGUAUACAUCACGAUAGUCGUCAUAGUGAUCGUCUCAAUUAUUCUAAUAAUCAUAUUUAACCAUUAACAUCCUUUUGAUAACCUAAUAUUGUUAAUGAUUUAAAUAAGGAAAUUAUAUUAUUGUGUUAAAAUUAUUUGAUAACGCAUUCUCUAAUAUUGGCUAUGGUCGUGUAUUAUGAGUUCACAAAUUCUCAGCAGGUUCAUUGUCGGUUGCCAUGGAUACUCACAGGAAAAAAAUCGACCUUAUAAUUGACAAUCUAGUAACCUGUUGCUAAGUUCACACUAAGUUGAUUUAUUUCACUGUAAUAUUGUGUCAUAGAGAUAUGGCUGUCUGCGGAAGAUAUACUUUUUUUUAACGACCAAGUCAGUAGAUAUCAAACGACCGCGCGGCUAGAAUGCUGUAAGGUACAAGGGGGCAUUUCGUCUGGCGGGUAAUUUCGACUAAUCAAAAUGAUUUCCAUGUUUAAAGGUGCGACCACACCGCUGCUUAAGAAACGGUGACGGUACGGUACGGCACGACGUGCCCCAUACAAAAGUCACUGCGUUUCCGUACCGUCUGCGUAUUUUGAGCAGCGGUGUGGGAAGCAUGCGGUAAACACGGUACGGAUACAAUGCGUCACCGCGAUUCCGUACUGUCACCGUUUUUUAAGCAGCGGUGUGGUCGCACCUUAACACUAUGAAUUUGAAGAUCUAAAUUGCCUCCCUGUAGCUUGCAUUUUACACAUUAACUGCUGUGCUUGCAACUAUAGAACUUUUAAUUUCCUUAUCGGAAUGCAAUAAGAUUGAUUUUAGACUGAAGCCGCGCACGUCUAUUCACGGCUUUGACGGCCAAAGAGUUAAAAAUAUUUAACAGCAGGAUCUCCUUGAGUAUUUUAUUGUUAAGCUGCGAUAGGAUCGCAUUCAGCAUUCCGGAUUAAUAUAAGUGUUUUGUAUUUUACGAAAAGGGACCUUUUGAGCUUACAAUUAGAUCCCUUUUCCUAUACGGCAUACGAUUUUUAACCUUUAAAUGCAUGACCUUGACAAAGAUUUAUUCAAAUUUGAAUUUUGACAUGCUGUCACUAUGCAUUUAAGGGUGAUAGCGGUUUCUAGUGUUCUUAGGAGGUGUAAAAUAAAGUAAUAAUUAUUUUUCAGUACAGAUGUUGUUUUUUUUACGCACUAGUGCGAGAAGUGGUUUAUUAUAUGCCAAGUCGAAACUUCGGAGGCUCAUCUGUACUGAAAAACGUC